AUGCUGUACAUUGACCAGCCUGUUCAAGUGGGAUACUCAUAUGAUAAACUCGUCAACGGUACCCUUGAUGAAGUUGCAUCGCCCUUUCAGUACAAGCCAGCAAACUUUUCUCAGACUGGCGUGCCGGAGACUAAUCUCACGUUUUUAACCGGAACCUUCCCGUCUGGAAGCUUUGCUAACGCUCCGAAUACAACAAUGGCAGCAGCGCCAUAUAUAUGGGAGUUCAUGCAGGCGUGGAUGCAAGAGUUCCCCUUAUACAAGUCGAUAGACAACCACUUCAGUAUCUGGGCUCAAUCGUAUGGUGGUCACUACGGUCCUAUCUUCGCCGACUACUUUGAGCAGCAGAAUGACAGACUUGCGAACGGGAGCGCCAGUGGGAACGAGGUGCAGCUUCACAUUGACACCGUCGGGCUAAUUAAUGCUUGCAUCGACAUUGAUGUGCAAAUCGACGCUUAUGCCGAGUACGCUAACAACAACACAUACGGGAAGAAGCUCAUUACGCAGGAACAGUACGAUCUUGCCGUUCGAUCCUCGCCUACGUGCAAGAACAUGACAGCCACUUGCCGGACUUUAGCCGCCGAGAAAGAUCCUAAUGGUGCAGGCAACCAAGGAGAUGUCAACGCUGCGUGUAAGGCAGCCUUUGAUUAUUGCUUCAAGAACAUGCACGACUUCUAUGGCCAGACUGGGCCGGAUAAGUUCGACAUCGCGGCGCCUGCGAUUGGCCAGGUCUUCCCUCCAAAAUGGGCCGCCGGGUAUCUCAACGAUGCCGAGACUCAGCGAGCGUUGGGUGUGCCUCUGAACUGGACCGGAACUGCAGUACCUGUGGCCGUAGGCUUUGAUCGUUCUGGCGACUUCGUCAUUGGUGAAGGACUCGGCAAACUCGGCAGUCUGCUUGACAGAGGCGUAAAGGUGGCCCUGCUGUACGGCGAUAGGGACUUCCAAUGUAAUUGGUACGGCGGCGAAGCAAUCAGUACAGCAAUCAAGUCUAGGGUAUCUUCGCAGUUCAAGAAGGCGGGGUACGCAAGUAUCGAGACCAAUGCAUCGUAUGUUGGUGGCUUCGUGCGCCAGGUCGGAAAUCUAUCCUUUUCCAGAGUCUUCUCGGCCGGCCAUUCAACCCUCCUCAUCGGAGUACUCUACCUCGGGAUCGAGCUCAGCGUGGACCCCAUCGAGAUUGCCGAGUGUUAA